AAGAAAUCAUUAUUUUAAAUAAACGUUUAAUGAAAAAAAAAAAAAUGUUAAAUAAAUAUAUUUUCCCAGGUUGAGGAAUUGAAGGAAAAAUAAACAUUUAAGGGGGCAUAUACCUUUCUCGGCUUAAAAAAAUCGAUUUUUUUUUAUUACUUAUUUUGAAAGAUUAACAUUUCAAGAAUGUAUAUCCGAAAGCAUUUAAAGAAAUUCGGAAAAUUGACAAAGUUAUAGUACUUUAUACCGACCGCUGCCGCCGCCGUUUCGGAGUCCCAAAAGCCGUUACGGAGAAGCGCGCAGGUAGUAGCGUCAGACCCACAAUUUUAUCGAUCCCUUUAUUGUAAUUCGAAGGAACUCCGUCUUUGUGUACUAGGUACAUAAUUUUUUUAAAGAUCACAAGGGCAGGGAGGAAGGAAUAAGUUGAGCGCGAAAAUGAUAGACAAACUCACGGUGUAUUACGGUUUAGCCAUUCGGCGAAAUUUCGAUUCAGUGGAAGGAAUGCGGGAUGCAGUGUGGGCCACUUUUUAUCAUUAUAGUUCAACGAAAGACAAACCGCAACAUCAUCUUUGUCCUCAAGCCUCGGAUUCAUGGUGCAAGUGGCAACAAGCGAAAGCAAAUGGAUCGUUGGACAGAUACGAGCAAAGUUAUAAUGCUUUACCAGACGAGGUUUUGGAUGCAAUCCGCCCUAUAUACGAAGAUCUUAGUAAUGCGUCAUUAUUACAACGUUGCCUCGGCGGAUAUACGCAAAACGCCAACGAGAGCUAUAAUAAUUUGAUCUGGAGAAUGGCCCACACAAACACCAAUAGCAGCGCAAAAAUUGUGGAAAUUGCAACUUUCAUCGCAGUUUGUUUAUUUAACGAAGGUUUGUCGGCCCUUCUGCAAAUAAUGAACACAAUGGGCAUAACCAUUGGACGAAACGCUGCACAAUUCGCUGCAUUAGCAGAUACUCGGCGCUGCAACCAAGCAGACAUCCGAGCACAGCAUGCGACACGGGAGGUCCGUAUCAGCCGCCGACUGAAAAAAAAUAAAAAUGCCGACGAGCACCUUCAUCAGGAGGAUUCCCUAUAUGGCCCCGGAAUAGAUGAUUACAUAUAAGCGGUCAAGGACUAAUCCAUGGUACCGCAAUUGAAGUCCAGUCGGACAUAACCAACUUCGAGGAAUUGCAAAGGGGUAAAGGGGGGGGUAUUUUAUUUUAAUAAAAAUUUAUUUACAAGUCCAAAGUAUGUUCUUUAACAUAAAAAAAACCCGAUCCUAAUAAGCCUUUUAUUUUUUGAAAAAAAAAUUAGUGAAAAUAGGUUAUUUUUCGUGCCGAGAAAGAUAUAUGCCCCCUUAAAAAACAUUUUAGUUUCAUAUCGCGUCACGCUUCGCGCUACUUUUGCGAAAUCCACGCAUGCGCGUGUGAGACCAGAGAGACAAAUCAUACAAAUUCGCAUGGCAACACUUAAGUUGUCUUUUGUUCUCUUGUUAUAUGGUCGCAUACCGUAAUAUCUUGUUAUAUGGUCGCAUACCGUAAUAUCUUGUUAUAUGGUCGCAUACCGUCGGUCGCGGAAUACGCAGUUCAGUUUGUGCUACAGUGUGGGGUUGUUUUGUGUUCAAAUGUUUUCUAAAAAAAAGGAUCCACUUGGUAAGUACAGUUAAAUAUCUACUUUCUAAACUUGUCUUCCUUGAACUUUCUACAAAAUAUUCUCUCUCUUUUGUUAAAAGUGACUUUGACAUAGUCUAUAGUGCCCAUAUAGCCAGCAAUCUUCUACAAUUUGUACACAUUCUUCUGUUUUACUUCUAAAAUUUCAUCAUUGGACAUAUCACGUUGCAUAUCGCUUCGUGUCAGUAGACCUAUUCUCCAACUUGCUAGCGACAAUCCGGUAUUGUUAGUGUCGUUGCGCAAUUUUUGUACCAUGGCAUGUAUAAUAUCUGCGCAACGACGCUGUAACGAUAUUGAAUUGUCACUAAAGAGUUACAGAAUAGGCCUACAAGAGCCACUGCCGGGAUUCUUAUGGACUGCAAAGGCCAGUAAUAAAAUAAUCAUUGCAAAUACACACACUAAUAAAGUAUUCGGAUACCACGAGCGGCUGUGUGUGUGUACGAAAAGGAGACGGGGGUGAUCGAACCUUGAAACUGACAGAGAGGAAGGGCAUGCCGGAGCAUUACGUCACGUGCGAGAAGGAGAGAAGAUUUUCGUCAUUGGAUAUAUCAUUGCAUGUCGCUUCGUGUCGCAUCACGCUAGUGUGCAGGAGCCAUUGGAUUCUUACAGAUUGCAAGAGAUAAAGUAAUCACACACACUAUUAAAGUAUCCGGAUUUCACGAGCGGCUGUGUGUGUGCGUAUACGAAAAGAAGUCGAGGGAUCGACCCUCGAAAUAACCAAUUUUUCUAUGGAAAAAAUAUUUAUUACACCAUGUCAUCGCAUCAAUCCACGGACAGGCCAAAAGAUUAGCGAAUAAGCCACGUAGAUAUAAAACUACUUCAAGUGAAGACAAAAUAAAAAAAAAACCUAAACCUCUUGAUGAAUUAAA